ACGUAAAUAAUGAAUACCUAGUAAAAUUAAAAUUAAUUCAUUUCUACUUUUUAAUAUAUGUUAAAAAUAAAUGAAAUUAUUAAAGAAUGGUUUUGAGUCGCAUGUUUAAAGUUUCAGAAAUAUGCCUGAAGGAAAAUGUAUUUCUCCGUAAAUCGUUUUUCCAGCCAGAUACAUCAAGAACUACGAGAUGUUUUAGAAAAGGCAGGAUACACAAAGAGAAACCAAAUGUAAACCCAGAAAGUCUAGCAACACCAUUUACAAAUGUAGGUGCUGACUGUGGAAAUCUUCAGGCAGGAAAUCUAGUCAAACCUUUUCUAUUCACAGUCGCAUUUUCAGGAUCUUGCUAUCUCGGCGCCGCGAUAUGGGAGUACGAAAAUAUGAGGUCGCACGCUGUCAGCAUGCUCAGAAAACCGAUGAAGUUUUUCAAGAGACAAGCUGAUUAUGGCGUACAGGCAUCAAAUUUCAUAACGAAAGAAGUGAAAGCCUGGUGGAACCGGCUCACGCCCGGAGAACGAGUUUUCGUGCCGAUUUGUGCCCUCAACAUUCUAGUAUUCGCAGCUUGGAGGAUCCCCAGAUUCCAACCUGUCAUGAUGGAAUAUUUUUGCUCCAAUCCUGCCAGCCGGAGCGUCUGCUUGCCGAUGCUGUUGUCUACCUUCAGUCACUAUUCUGGGUUACAUCUGUUGGCAAACAUGUAUGUCCUUCACAGUUUUAGUACCGGCGCUGUACAUAGUUUAGGAAUGGAGCAGUUUUUAGCGUUGUAUCUGAGUGCUGGUGUUAUCUCCAGUUUCACGAGCUAUCUCUAUAAGAUCGUUACAAAACAGCCUGGAUUAUCGUUGGGAGCUUCGGGAGCUAUCAUGGCCAUUUUGGGAUACGUAUGCACCCAGUACCCCGACACUCGCCUGGGUAUAAUAUUCCUACCGAUCUUCACCUUCUCAGCAGGAGCAGCAAUAAAAUUCAUUAUCGGACUCGACACGGCCGGUGUCCUGUUGGGGUGGAAAUUUUUUGAUCACGCCGCCCAUUUGGGGGGAGCAGCUUGUGGAAUAUUUUGGGCUAUGUGGGGCAACCAGCAUCUUUGGCAGAAGCGUGAGCCUGUGCUACGCUACUGGCACGACAUCAGAGGGGCCAUCAAAUGAUUCGAAACUAAUUUCCAGUGACUUAUAUCCAAUUAUAGAUUAAUGAAGUCUA